UUCACCUUUCAACAUGGCGGCAAAUUGCAAUUUUUGGUCACAUGUGAUUCAUAUUUUGGGUGAUUUUGGCUCUCUUUCCGGCUAAAUGGUGCUCAAGUGUGUGAAAUACGUCUGAAAACAUUUGAACUCAAUUGUUUAGCUAGUGCGUGUUCUCUCCACCUUGUUGCGUUGGGCGCAAGCAAAUACGUAUACUGCCAUCGCCCCCCUCCCCAUUUCAACAUGACAGCGGUAGAAGAGCUGACGUCACAACUGGUGGAGGUGGAGUCAGAGAUGGAAGCCGUGCGUCUGCAGAUGCUGCAGCUGAAGGGGAGGAGGGCGCACCUGAUGACACGGAAACAGCAGCUGGAACAGCAGAUAGAGCAGCUCCAGGACAGCAAAGCUGCUGUGCUCAGGGAAAAGGACUGGAGCAGGACAGAUUUUGAAUGGUCAUCCAAAUUGAAAAGUCUGCUUGGGUCUGUCUUCAAGUUGUCAAAGUUCCGUCCGCUGCAGCUUCAUGCGAUGAACGCCAGCCUGUCUGGAUAUGACACCGUCCUCAUCAUGCCUACUGGAGCUGGCAAGAGUCUGUGUUUUCAACUCACAGCACUCGUGUCUGAAGGUGUGACCCUGGUGAUCUCCCCUCUGGUGUCCCUGAUGGAGGACCAGCUGAUAGCGUUACAGAACCUGGGGAUCCCGGCAGCCAUCCUCACAGCUAACACCAGCCGAGCUGAGGUCACACAGGUCCUCAACAGUCUGGUCGACAAGAAGUCAGACUUGAAGCUGCUGUAUGUGACUCCUGAGAAGGUGGCUAAGAGUAAGCGGUUCAUGGCAAAGGUAGAGAAGAUGCACGCUGUGGGCAGGUUUGCACGACUGGUCAUUGAUGAGAUCCACUGCUGCAGCCAAUGGGGACACGACUUCAGACCAGACUACAAGACUCUGGGUGUCCUGAAGCGUCAGUACCCCAAUGUUCCCAUCUUGGGCCUGACUGCCACUGCUACUUCAUACGUCAUCGAAGAUGUGAAGGCUAUACUCAGCAUGCCCAGCUGUCUGCUGUUCAGGGCUUCAUUUAACAGGCGCAACCUUUACUAUGAGGUGCUUAGGAAACCAUCUUCCCAUGAAAAUGUAAUGGAGAAAUUAGUUCAAGUAAUCAACGACCGCUUCAAAGGACAGUCAGGAAUCAUCUACGUGUUCUCCAGACGAGAGGCAGAGCAGGUAGCGGGGGACCUGUUGAAGAGAGGUGUCCAGGCGGGGUACUACCACGCUGACCUGGACGCCAAGUACCGCAGUCUGAUCCACAGGAAAUGGCUGGCCAACACAAUUCAGGUUGUUGUUGCCACAAUAGCAUUUGGCAUGGGGAUAGACAAACCUGAUGUACGUUUUGUCAUCCACCACUCCAUCAGCAAGUCCAUGGAGAACUUCUACCAGGAGAGUGGGAGGGCAGGCAGGGAUGACCAGCCAGCCUACUGUAUCCUGUACUACGGUUUCCAGGACAUCUUCAGACAGAGCACCAUGGUCAUGACAGAACAAACAGGACAGCAGAAGCUGUAUGGAAUGGUGAAAUACUGUCAUGACAUCAACAGGUGUCGGCGGGCCAUCAUUGCUGACCACUUUGAUGAAGGCUGGGACUCCACAAAAUGUGGUGGCAUGUGUGAUGUCUGUGACCCUACUUUAGUCACCAUAACAGAAGAAGUAGACAUCACCAAUCUCUGCCAAGAGGUCAUCACAGUCAUCCAAUCAGCAAAGGCGAAAGAAGAGCGUCUGACCGGGCUGAAGGUAGCCGACAGCUGGUUGGGUAGAGGGGACAAGCGGAGGAAAAACCACCCCCCGUGGCUGAGUCGUGAGAUAGGGGAGAGAGUCAUCACACACAUGCUCCUGGAGGGUUACCUGAGAGAAGACUACCACUUCACACCUUACAGCACCAUCAGUUAUCUCAUUCCAGGACCCAAGAGCCACAUGCUGAUGAGUGGGGGUGUUCAGGUGGCACUCUGUAUUCCAAACAAGAGGAAAAAGAGUAGGACAUCCGCUGCAGCAAGUAGUACUGUGACAUUGGGAACAACCAGAGAUGCAGCUUCAAGUAUGGUAGAAGCCACAACUGGGAACCAGAAAGUAUCCAGUACAGAAGUGAAACCAAACAUUGUCAGCAUUGCAAGAAGGGACAGCUUCACAGGGCCUCAGAAUACACAAGAUACAGAUUGUAUCGUGAUUUUGGAUGAUGAUGAUGAUGAUUUUGCUAUCAAAGAGAUAACGGGCAAAGACAAUGUUGAUCUCAGAGAGAUAGGAAGCGGAGACCACACUGGCUACUCCAACACACAGUCUACCUCUCAGGGCAAGUUACAGAAAAUAACUGGCACAAACGCAGUCAGGAAAGGAGAUGGAAAGCAACAUCGUAAGUUGAAGAGGAAGAGUGGGGUCUCAGAUCAGCUGCAUAGGAAGAAACAUAUCAAGAGUGGUGACUCCUGGAAAAGCCAUGCUCAUGAUAAGACAGACUUUUCAUAGGUUAACAGCAAAGGAACAAAUAGAGUUGCAGAAAUUUGUUGAAAGAACAGAUAAAAGUCAGAAUCUUGUUAUUGAUUGAGGCAGUACUUUAAA